AUGAGUGACAAAAGAAGUCGAAGAAUAUUGAAAUUAGCUUUAUUGGAUAUGGAGACUGUUAGGGAAGACACAGCGUCUAAUGAAAAUGCGGACAAUGUAUUGAAUAUAUUGCCAGAAUUAACCACUUCUAUGACUGAAGAAUCGACUAAUAUUAGGAGCAAUGAUUUCGUAAAUUCGGAUGUUGAUGAUUCAGACCAAGAUCCCGAUUAUGAGAUGGAUGAAGAAUCUGCAGACUCAUCUGGUGAGGAUGCUGCAUCUCAGGAGGAUAACCUGACGAAUAAUACAUCUACCACAUCAAAUGUGCCAUUAAAAAAAAGGGGACGGAAACGAUUAGAAAUAAAAGACAAUGAAGAUAAGGUUUGUCUCCUUCAAGGAAAUGAAAAAAAAGUUGUAAAGAGAUUAUUAACUCAGUUUAACGCUCUAAAACUUUAUUUUACUGAUCAGUCUGCUCAAAACAUUACAGAAGCUAAAAGUAUCUUAGAAAAUUUAAACAACCCACAAAUAAAACUUUACUUGGAAUUUUUACUGUAUGCUCUUCCUUUCUUCAAUAAAUUGAAUUUAAUUAUGCAAAGUGAAAAACCACAAAUUCACAUUAUUUUCGAAGAAGUAGCAGCUACUGUUAAAACAAUAAUGGAUUGCUAUAUAAAAGACAAUUUGCUGAAUAACCAUGACAUAAUAAACAUCGAUUUUAAAAAUCCCAGAAAUUUUAGGCCUCUUGAGGACAUGUAUUUUGGUGCAACUAUAAAUAGUUCUAAUUUAGCUCUAAAUUUAUUGAAAGAAGUGAAAUUAAAAUGUUUAGAAUUUUAUAUUGAAAGUAUUGAACAAAUUCUUAAAAGAUUUCCGCUUAAAAGCUCUGUAUUUAAAUAUUUCGAAUUUUUAAAUCCAGAAAUCGUAAAAAACAGAACAAUUUCAUCAAUUUCUCAAGUUGCUAAAUAUUUUCCAAAUUUAAUUAACAAUAUUCAAGAUUUGGAUAAUGAAUGUCGCUUGUGA